GGGAGGGUUGGGGGCGGCUUAUGGUGGGAGGAGGUCCUCUCUGCUUUGCCCUUUGCGGGAGAUGACUUGCAGCCUCCUCAAUCCGCCAACGGAAGCCCGGGGUCGGGGGAGGCAACCUUUUUUGUUUUCCCGCUCCUGAACGGCACCAACUCCCGGUCUCGCUUCCUGUGCCAGAGGUCACGGGCCGUGUCGUGUAGUCUGGGGCUUGUGUUCGAUCCCCGGUUCCGUUGAGGAGCGCCAACUCACGCCGCUCGGAGGGAACCAUAUCUGGUCAAAGUAUUCGGCGCUGCUGCCGUCACCCGGCCGGACCGUCCGGCUAUAAAUAGCGCCGGUGGAGGUUUUAUUAUUUCCCUCCCAGUGAAUGUGGGGUUUCUGCAGCCGCUGAGCCAACAUAUUGUCUUUCUCCUUUGAAGGAUUUUACUGAGGUGUGUUCCAUCAUGUCGGUGCUGAGGAAGGAGAUGGAGAAGUACAGAGACGUCGACGAGGACGAGCUGCUCAUGAAGCUCUCUGAAGAAGAGCUGCAGCGGUUAGAAAAUGAACUGGAGGAGUUGGACCCCGACAAUGCACUGUUGCCUGCUGGGAUGCGUCAGAAGGAUCAGACUAAGAAAUUACCCACUGGGCAGUUUCAAAGAGGCAACCUGCUGGCUCAUCUGGAGAAACAAGCCAACGAACAUCAAGACAGAGAAGACCUGGUGCCUUUCACAGGAGAGAAGAGAGGAAAGGCUUGGGUGCCUAAAAAGAUUGUCGACCCCAUCAUGGAGAAUGUGACCCUGGAGCCCGAGCUUGAAGAAGCUCUUGCCAGCGCUACUGAUGCCGAACUUUGUGAUAUUGCAGCCAUCCUGGGCAUGCACACGCUGAUGAGUAACCAGCAGUACUAUGAAGCUCUGGCCAGCAGCAACAUUGUGAACAAGCAAGGCCUUAACAGCGUGAUCCAGUCCACUCAGUACAAACCAGUGCCUGAUGAGGAACCCAAUUCAACUGACGUGGAGGACACUCUCAUGAGGGUAAAAAGGAAUGAUCCAGAGCUUGUGGAGGUCAACCUCAACAACAUCAAGAACAUUCCCAUCCCGACUUUAAAGGCGUACGCUGAGGCUCUGAUCAAGAACACGGUGGUGGAAAGGUUCAGUAUCGUUGGGACUCGAAGCAACGACCCAGUUGCAUUUGCACUGGCUGAGAUGCUCAAGGUUAACACAACACUAAAGAGCCUGAACGUUGAGUCCAACUUCAUCACAGGCACUGGAAUCCUGGCUCUCAUUGAGUCGCUACAGUUCAACAGAACACUGCUAGAGCUCAAGAUUGACAAUCAGAGUCAGCCGUUAGGCAACAAGGUGGAGAUGGAGAUAGCCAGCAUGUUGGAGAAAAACACCACAAUGUUGAGAUUCGGCUACCAUUUCACCCAGCAGGGCCCACGCCUCAGAGGCUCCAACGCCAUGAUGAACAACAAUGACCUUGCCCGUGUUGUCAGGUCAGAGUCUGAUGGCUCCUUCACCCUCACUUUGUCCGUCCCUGAGCUGGAACGGGCCUUUGGGAAAAAGUUCAAGUCAAAGACUAAUGAGAAAGAGAAGGCUUGAAGGAGGACCCAUCCUCCCCAAGUGUCGGACAAAUGUGUAGAAACCGCCCCCGACCCUCCAUCACCCUCCUGUUUUUGUUUUUUUGCCUUCCACCUGCCAUUUAGAAAAAUAAUAAUAAUAAUUAAAAAAAACACUUCCCUCUACAGACCGCCUUGAACAUCAUCUCUUGGUUAUGCAAGUGCAAUUCAGGGUUCCAAGAAAAUACUUUUUGGACUUUUUAAGAAGGUGGAUAGUAAAGGAUGAAAGCAGUAUCCAAGCGUGCAAAAAGAGAUGGUUUGUUUUUUUAAUCAAUCAAAGUUUAUUUAUAUAGCCCUUAUUCACAAGUGUCUCAAAGGGCUGCACAAGCCACAACAUCACCCUUGGCUCAGAUCCCACAUCAGGGCAAGAAAAAACUCAACCCAAUGGGUUUUUGAAUGUUUAUGUGCUGGGAAGGAAACUAACCGCACAGUGCUGCCAUCUAGCGUCCUUUACUAGCAACUGCAGUGCCUUGACUCCUUGUUUGUGAUUGAUGACGGCUUUACAUUUUGAACAGUUACAUUAGGCAAUCUGUGUUUCUACUGUUGUGUUGAAUUAUCAUUAUUAGUCGUAUGAUUGUUUUGCUGUAAAUGACGUGUUCUGAUGUCGUUCUUCACAUCUUUCUGCAAGUUUUACACUGUUUGUCCCUUCCAUAGCCAAAACCAAAGUGUCAGACUGUAAGAUAUUUAGUUUAUGACAUCCAAGAUUUAUGCCGUUUCUUGUAGGCACCCAACAGUAACAAAUAUAUGGCGCUUAUUUGCCACGUCACCAAAAAUUUUGACGAUUUGGCAGAUCAUUUUACAUAAAUUCCCCUGCACUGAUUUGGUUUUAGUAUCAACAUUGCGCAGCCUCCGUCCUUCAAUGUUCUCCAUGUGGCCCUCGCUGUAUUCAUUUUGGCCAUUUCUAGCUCUAUCUGUAACAUUUAAAGUCCCACUGAUAGUCUCACACACACACAAACACACAAAGUGUGUUGAAAUGACCCUCUGUAUUUGACCUAUCCCUUUGUUCUACCCCCUGGGAGGUGAGGGGAGCAGUGAGCAGCAGCGAUGGCUGCGCUGAGGAAUCAUUUUGGUGAUUAAACCCCCAAUUCCAACUCUUACAGUCAGGGUACCGACACAACACAUUAGGGGUGUUAAUUCACAACUAAAAUCCAAGCCAAAAGUUUGGACACACCUUCUCAUUCAAUGUGUUUUCUGUAUUUUCAUGACUAUUUAAAUUGUAGAUUGUCACUGAAUGCAUCAAAACUAUGAAUGAACACAUGUGGAGUUAUGUACUUAACCAAAAAAAAAAAAAGGUGAAAUAACUGAAAACAUGUUUUUACAUUUUGACUGGCCUGUAUGUUUUGUUGAUGGCUGGUAAUGAUUUUAUAAUAAUAACUACAGAUAAUUAAUAAUAUUAAACUAAAUAAUAAUAAUAGGAAUAGGUUAUUAUAAUGGAAAAAAUUCAUAAUAAUGUACUGUUGACAAAAUAUUUUUAGAUUUAAAAUGUCAUAAGUGACACAAAUCCCUAUUUCUUAUUAAUGAUUGCCUCUUACAAACACACACUUAUGUAUAUAUACAUAUAUAUAUAUAUAUAUGUAUGUAUGUAUCUUAUGUAUAUAUGUAUGUAUGUACUAGAGAUGCUCGGCUUGCGGUCUCAUCCGCGGAGUCGGGCGGGUGACAUGACGAAAAAAUAGAUUUUAAUUAGAUUCGGGCGGGUGGCGGUUGAAUCAUCCGGAAAUAUUUGAUAUACGUGGUUUUGGGAUCGGUAUCCUUUGCCAUUCAAAGAGCCAUUUUGGCCCGUGUCACAAAGCGAAGAAGACAAUAGGAGACGCUAAUAUUCUCUUGAAUGACUGCCGGCAGUCACACAGAAAAUGAGUUAUAGGGCGUGCUAUAAAGUCAUUGACUUUAUCGCCCUCUACAGCAUGUACGAUUGAAUUAUAUUUAUAUAGCGCUUUUCUCAAGUGACUCAAAGCGCUUUACAUAGUGACACCCAAUAUCUAAACCAGUGUGGGUGGCACUGGGAGCAGGUGGGUAAAGUGUCUUGCCCAAGGACACAAUGGCAGUAACUAGGAUGGCACAAGCGGGAAUCGAACCUGCAACCCUCAAGUUGCUGACACGGCCACUCUACCAACCGAGCUAUGCCGAUCUACUUGUCAGUCCAGCAACAUGUUGUGUGUGGCUUCCGCAGCGAAACGCACAUGACUGCAAGGCAUACUGGGUGACGCAGAGUGCACUAAUGCUUGUGAUAUUAACAAUUUUAACACUCUUAGUAAUAUGCGCCACACCAAACAAGAUUGACAAACACAACAUAAACGCAACACAACAAAUACCCAGAAUCCUUUGUAUCCAUGACACCCCUGACUAUUUUAUACACCCCGCUAGAAGCGGUUCGGGUGGACGGCGGGUGGAUGACGACUUUAGUGACGUGGUGGCGGAUUAUAUAAUUGCCUAUCCGCGCAUCUCUAGUAUGUACAUAUGUAUAUACAUGUAUGUAUAUAUAUAUAUGUAUAUGUAUAUAUAUACAUGUGUGUAUGUGUAUAUAUAUAUGCAUGUAUAUAUACAUGCAUAUAUAUAUACAGUAUAUAUAUAUACAUGUGUGUGUAUAUAUAUAUAAAUAUAAAUAAAUAUAUAUAUAUAUAUAUAUUUAUAGCAUGUUUUAUGUUUCAGUUUCUUCAAAAUAGCCACCCUUUGCUGUGAUUACUGUUUUGCACACUCCUGGCAUUCUUUCGAUGAGCUUCAAAAGGUAAACACCUGAAAUGAUUUUCACUUCACAGGCCUUCAGUGACGAUCUACAAUGUAAAUAGUCAUGAAAAUAAAGAAAACACAUUGAAGUGAGAAGAUGUGUCCAAACCUUUGGCCUUUUUUUUAAAUUUUACAAUACAAAUAUCGAGAGAGCUGAAAUUGAACGUUAUGCAUCACUUUUCUCGGACACUCCUACAAAGUUGUGUAUUUUUUUUUCCCGUUUCUUCUCUUACCCCUUCUUGGCUCCCAAAUUCUGAUGCGUGUGUGAAAACAUAAAGAGUGUAAGCCACCGACUUUAGUUGAACACACACACGCAUACACCUUUGUCGCUCUCAAGCAAACAUCUCUCUUUUGAAAACCUCUCCGGGAUUUCUGCAAUGUUGCGACCACGAAUGUGUCUCUACAUCACGUCUUUGUUGAAACUGACAGACAUGUCGACUUGCCCCGGAGCAAACGCCGACCCAUAUCUACACCUGUCUGGGUUAGGUCACUUUGAACUUUCCCACACAACUUCUAAUCAAAACAAAUAUUACAAGUAAUAUUUGUGUAUUGCUUUAAUCAGGUGACAUUGUUGACUGAUGUUUAAGUCUAACCCCUUGCCUGGUAUUUUUCUUCUUUUUUUUAAAUAAUGUUUAUCCUUAAUGCAGCACCUCUACAUUUUUAUUCUUUUUGUAUUUACUUGAUCUUACAAAAAUGAUCUUAUAUGACGGCUGGCAGCUAAUCACACACAAACAUGGGAUUCUGAUCAGGAAGAUUCACAGUAUUAAGCUAAGGUUUUAAUAGAUGAAGCUUUUGAAGAAGUUUGAUCCUCUAUUGGUCUUUAUUUCACCAAAUAACUAAGUAGAUAACAUACACUUAGACAAACUUUAAUGAUCCACAACAGAAAUUGUUCCACACAGUAGCUCAAACGAUGGAAAGGAUAAUGCAGAAAUAAAAUACACAAAAAAUGUACCGUAGUAGCAAUAUGAAAUAUAAUAUAUAUGUAAUAUUUACAUAAUAUAUGUACAGUAUAUGAUAUAUACUGAUAUAUGUUUAUAUUAUAUAUACAAUAUAUAACAAUUACCAUGUACAAUAUCAACCCAUCAGUCAAUCAAUGUUUACUUAUAUAGCCCUAAAUCACGAGUGUCUCAAAGGGCUGCACAAACCACAACGACAUCCUCGGCUCAGAUCACACAUCAGGGCAAGGAAAAACUCAACCCAAUUGGAUAACAAUGAGAAACCUUGGACGUCGAGUGGAUCUAGCAAAAUAUUGUGAGCGUCCAGUCUAUAAUGGAUUUUAACAUAAUAGUGUUAUGGGUGAUGCAGAGUACACUAAUGGUUGUGAUAUUCACAAUUUUAACACUCUUAGUAAUAUGCACCACACUGUGAAGCCACACCAAACAACAUUGACAAACACAACAUAAACGCAACACAACAAAUACCCAGAAUCUUUUGUAUCCAUGACAAAACCUGACUAUUUUAUACACCCCGCGAGUCCAGUCCAUAGUGGAUCUAACAUAAUAAUGAGAGUCCAGUCUAUAGUGGAUCUAAUAUAAUAAUGAGAGUCCAGUCUAUAGUGGAUCUAAUAUAAUAAUGAGAGUCCAGUCUAUAGUGGAUUUUAACAUAAUAGUGAGAGUCCAGUCCAUAGUGAAUCUAACAUAAUAGUGAGAGUCCAGUCCAUAGUGAAUCUAACAUAAUAGUGAGAGUCCAAUCCAUAGUGGCUCUAACAUAAUAGUGAGAGUCCAGUCCAUAGUGGAUCUAACAUAAUAGUGAGAGUCCAGUCCAUAGUGGAUCUAACAUAAUAGUGUGAGAGUCCAGUCCAUAGGGGAUCUAACAUAAUUGUGUGAGAGUCCAGUCCAUAGUGGAUCUAACAUAAUAGUGAGAGUCCAGUCCAUAGUGGGGCCCCCAGGAGAUCAUUUUGAGAUUACAGUAUAUGUAACAGCUGCAGCAUAAAAUAAAGUUAAAGUACCAAGAGAGGAACAUCAGGAAUUUAUUAGGAGAAGGAGGAAAAAGCUGUUCCAAUCGUGCAGGAAAUAAAAUGCGCUAAUAGCUGCUAAAAAAGAACACAUUUAAAUUUUUCACUAACAUAAAGGGAUGACAAUCUCAUAUUUAAUUUUUUUUUUUUUUUUUUUGUGACAUUUAAACAAAAACGUUGUGACUGCUGAGUGAAUACGAAUUACGGAUGUAAACAUUUGUUAUUUAACUGAGUGACACUUGUUGUUUCCACAUGUUCUUCCCAUCUGCAUCCUAUUUAUAGCAUCAAAGGACUUGAUUAAGACGUGUGUUAGAUAGUCCACAUCUUUUGGUUUGGUUUUUGAAAUAAAUGAGCCUUGAAAAUGAA